AUCAGGGUCAGGCAGGACAACAUUUCCCGCAAAAACAGCUAGCAGUGUACAACGAUGAACAAGUUCGCGACCGUUCUGGUGCUGGCCAGCAUCUGCCUGGCGGGCGUUUCGGCCCAGUGCCCGCGCAUCGUGACCCGCGCCCAGUGGGGAGCCCGUGCCGCCAGCACCGCCCAGCUGCCGAUCCGUCCGGCCCCGUGGGUCGUGAUGCACCAUACGGCCGGUGCGUCCUGCACGACCGAUGCGGCCUGCGCCCAGCAGAUGCGCAACAUCCAGUCCUUCCACAUGGACGGCAACGGCUGGGCUGACAUUGGCUACAACUUCCUGGUCGGUGAGAACGGUGCGGCGUACGAGGGACGCGGCUGGGGACGCCAGGGCGCGCACGCUCCCGGCUACAACGAUCGCUCGGUCGGCAUGGGCGUGAUCGGCACGUUCACCAACGUCAUCCCGAAUGCGGCCGCCCGUACCGCAGCCCGUAACCUGAUCACCUGCGGUGUGUCGCUCGGCCACAUUGCCUCGAACUACUGGCUGAUUGGACAUCGUCAGGCCGUCGCCACCGCCUGCCCGGGCAAUGCGUUCUUCAACGAGAUCCGCACCUGGCCGCGCUUCAACCCGAACGUGUAAAAGUUGUAUUUAUGGAAGACUGUUUUGGUUGUUUAAUAUAGAAUGGCAUAAGUGCA